UAAAAAAAAUUGUGUGGAAGUGGAGUUGAAGCCAAUUUCAGUGGCCCUGAGUGGCCCGCCAUGUUUUUCAUCGAGUAAGGUGUGAAGAGAAGGCCGGGGUGAAAAAUCAUCUCUCGGGAUAUGCAGAGUCAAAAUGGGAAGGAGGCAAUAUUGUUUAUCCCACUGUAAGGCCUGUCAUCCUCGCAACGACGACACCUCCACCAAUAGCGCACCUGAACCCGACAUCUAAUUCUACGAUAAAGGAACCAAAUAAUAAACUAAAAUAAUACUGUUACACUCAUAAUAAACAACAAUAACAAAAAAAUAUUCGUAGCAACAUAAGUCGGUAGCGUUGGAUUUGUCACACUCAAGAAAUCGAAUUCCCAGGAACAAGAAAUUUCAAUCAAACAAAUUGAAGAGAGGAUGAUCACCCCGGAAGUAGCGAAGAUCGAGGGAGUAAAAAGAACCUGGAGGAAACUCCCGAAGAGGGAAUGAGGAAUCCAGGGCUGCAUUUGGUCGGGAUAGCGGCGUCCCCUGGAGGAGGUGGGGUCUUUGGUACCAUGGCCGAGGAGGAGUUGCGCCAGUGGCUGGACACACGCUUGGACGAAUUGGGAAUAGACCCAGUGGCGUACUCGCGUUUUAUACUCAGCUUUUUGCGCCACCCCGACUCGGCCCUCACUCCUCCGGGAGAAGUUGUCGUUACUGGUAAAGGUAAAGGACGUCGUUCCCGUGCACGUCCCAAAACAAGACUACCGCUACAAGAAGAUAAAGAGAAAAAACGUGCUGUCGUUCAAUGCCUCGCAAGUGCCGCUGAUCAGAAAUGUGGUGUGGAGACGUUAGUCGAUGAAUUGUGCGCAAAAUUACGCGAUUUAGAAGGAGGCGCUUCAAAAACAGACGAGGAGAAUCUUGAGAAGGAUGUCGCAACGAAACCAGCAUUGGAAACUCUCACACCACAGGACAGAGCUCUACGAUAUUAUGCAGCAUUUCCAGCCUUGCAACCAGCUACACCGAAAAAAUUUCAGCACCGAAAGGACAAGAAUUUAGGCCCAAAUAUUGUCAACAACAUCAAUAAUAAUAACAACAACAACAACAAUAAUAAUAACAACAGAAAUGGAAUUGGCAACAAGAACAACAAAAACCGUCAAAAGAAAACUAAAAUGUCCAUUACAAUUGAAUCGCAGCAUGAGGACGAGAAGGAAGGUUUUGGAUUUGUAAAAUUGAUGGAGCGUGAACGCGAUAGGGAGAAUGAGAAGGAGCAGGAAAUUGAAUUGGAUAAACUUCGAUUGGCGCAAUUGACGGCAAAGUUUGACGAGUCUUUGGAGGCUCUUUGGGACACGGCGUCUGGCAAUAAACAAGACACUGAUUCUAUCUGGGCAGCACCUUCUCUCUCCAUUCCGUCGAAGCCACUUUGGCCAACAGACGGCAAUGAUACAUCGUUUACUGUUUCAACUUCAAGCAGCGAACACGUGGUGGACACACCAUUUCAGGAAUCAAUCGUUGACGACUCACCGCUUAUACCCUGGGACCUUGAUUUAGUUGGCACUAAGGAUUGUUCUGAUGAAACCGCUAACAAAAAUAAUACAAAUUAUAACGUCACUUGGUCAGAGACAUUGGAUGGCUCAUGGUGCUGGCGAAGUAUGGACAAGGAUAUUGUAACAAAUGCAAAUCAAAGUCCUGAGAAGAAUGAAAAUACAAUUUUACCAUCGAAGAAUAAUGAGACAAUUGGAAAAGAAGCACGUUUCGCUCAAAAGGUGAAUAGCAUUCAGGAGCCCGAUGAAGAUUUAUUGACAUCGGCACGCACUCAUUUUCGUCCAAUUCGUGACGAUGGCCAUUGGGCAGACGGCACAACGUUUCCUGUGAAUGAUGCUCUUGAACGUGUCGCAUAUCGACGCAGUGAUUCGGGCAAUUUACUCUAUCUCCCUGGUGGCGAAAGUCCUUACAUGGAAUAUCGCGAGGGCGAUACUGCUGCUGUCUCAUCAACGGCAACGUCAGUGUCGACGAAUCUCACAUUGAAAUUUCGUGUGAGACAGUGCGACAAAUCAAUUCAAACGGAACCCAUUAGAUCGCCGGUCAAACGCAGAAUCCUGUCGGAACAAGAUCGAGUUUAUUAUUCAUCGUCCGACGUUGAAGAAACUGCAAAACAAGAGAUUGAUGAUACUGAGAAGGAUUGUUUCUUUUUGGAACAAUUGGGAUGGGCUCAAUCUAAUUUGCUCUUGCACAAUGAGAGAAAAAGGAGAUAUAGUAGCAGUUUUAGCUAUCGACCACUCACAGCUUUACGCCCGUUGACUUUAUAAAAGAAAAACGGGUUGUAAAAUUCUGUUGUGAAACGCAUGUUAUGACCGGCAAGUUAUGUUUUAGCUAUGUAUUUGUCAGAAUAUAAGACAAAAAAAAAAGAAAAAAAUGGGCAAAACUGUAAUUAUUUGGCGUGUGGGGGUCCUCUUGGCAUGUGGAAUUUGUUAUGCAUGAAUCCAAGAUGGCAUUGUUACCUCCCUUGCCUCCUGUAGGAAAUAAUAAAAAAAAAGCAGUUAUAUAUUAAAAACAAAAGCAAGUCAAGAAAACAUUAAGAGGAUACGACGAAACUUGUAACUAUACAGUUUAAUUUAGAAGAUUUAUUUAUCAAUUAACUUGUUUGUCGAAAGAAAGAAAAAAGAGUAAAAGAAUACAAAAAAAAAUAUUAUAGUAUAUCUAAUUCCUCGGUCCGACGAGAAUUUUGUUUUUAAUCGUCGACAAAAAAAAAAAAAAGAAAAAAAAAGUAGUAGGAGUGAUUAAUUUUUUUUGUUUUAAUUCAUUAUUAAUAAUUAUUGUUGACGAAUUUUUUUCCUUUUCCGUUUUAUUAAAAAAAAAGAAUGCUGAGAAAUUUUGAUUCGCUCUUGUUAAGAAAAAAAGAAAUAGCGUAUUACACACGUAUUUUAUAUACUAAAAUAAUUGCUUGUUUUUAAUUUUCGUUAUGGCACUCGAAAAAAUUUCGUUACGUGAGAAAAUUUUUCAAAACACCACGCGCAGAAUAUUAAUGAAUUUAAAAUAACUUUUAAAAAUUAAUAUCGAAUAAAUUUAAAAAAAGAAAAUAAAUGAAAACUGUUGAUUCCACGUAAAAUUGAAACUAAAAAAAAAAAUUAAUAAAAAUAAUAUAAAAUACGAUCUUAACGAGUAUUGCACCACGCUGACAAGAGUAAAAAAAAGCACUCAAAGUUUUAUUCUAUUUUCCUUGUUAUUUUCUGUAAUUAUAUCUAAUGAAUUAUUGUAAUUGUAUUUUUUCCCCUAUUAUAUUUUUAACUCCUUAGAAAAUUAACACAAUUCCCCUUUAAUCCCAAAUUCCUGGUUACCUUUACGCUUCCCUUUUUAAAAGAAUGAAAAAAAAAAUUCCUGAAAAAAAAAUCAACGGAGAAAUUGUCGUUUAAUUAGCUGUAAAUUUCACACUUGAUUCAGUGCAAUAGACAAAUAUUUUUAAAAAAAUUCAUUAAUAGCUGAAAGUAGUUAAUAGUUGAAUAUAAUAAACUAAAUAGUUGUAUCAACAGUUAAUGCAUAAUGUAUAACUUUAAUUGUAAUAUUUGUUAAUCUACUGAAUCAAAAAUGUUAAAAUUACAACUAAUAUUUUUCGUCAUUUUUAUCCCGUGCAAAAUAAUUAAAAAAAAAAAUAAUAAUAAAAAAACCGUACGUGUAAAAAAAAAUGUAUUUGUAAAAGUACAGACCUUGCGAAAGGUGAAAGAGUGAUUGAAUCACUACAAAGUUGUUCCUUAAAAGGAAUCCAGUCAAAGAAAUAAAAAAAAAUAAAUAAAUUAUAUAAAGUGAGAUGCAAAAUAAUGCCGCAAAAAAUAGAAAAAAAAAUUGUGACAAAUGUAAUUAAAAAGUGCAAGGAGAAAUUAAUCUCUGAACAGAAAAAUAAAACAAUUGUACACAAAAAUGGAAAAGUGACCAAAUAAAGGCAAAGCAAACACUGCAA